GCGGCGUGUCUGACGGUAUUCAUGCAGUUAAUGAGAAAUGGUUACAUGUACUUCCCUUACCACUGAAAACGGGGCGAUCAGGAAACACGACUUUAGGUAACUACCACGCUAGAUUCUGUUCCUGGUCAUCGCGGAACUGGCCACGCAGAAGACAGGUGUUUGACUGGAGACUCUCUCGGUGACAUUAUUAAUGUUUAAUUUCGUUUGUUGUCGUUGUAUUGUUGUUGGAACAGUAGGCUACUCAUUAAUGUUGACUAAUUGAAGACAGUGGCAUUCCCUGGAUUGUGCGUGGGGACAUUUAUCUGCUUCUUUGCAAGCGUCCCUCACAAACAGCUGGACCUCUGUAAACUGUAGCAAAAGCGAAGUUGAAACGAGUAACAAAAUGAACAGCGGCACGACAGAAAAGGAGAACGAGUCAAAUGAAUUUUCCAACCACGAGGACGAGGUCCGAACACUGUUUGUCAGUGGAUUACCGCUGGACAUCAAACCCAGAGAGCUAUACCUCUUAUUCAGACCAUUUAAGGGUUAUGAAGGCUCCCUCAUCAAGCUCACCUCCAAACAGCCAGUUGGAUUUGUCAGUUUUGACAGCCGAUCUGAGGCGGAGGCAGCAAAGAACGCCCUGAACGGUGUCCGUUUCGACCCGGAGAUCCCACAGACGCUGCGGCUGGAGUUUGCCAAGGCCAACACCAAAAUGGCGAAGAACAAGCUGGUGGGAACGCCCAACCCCCCGCUGUCCCAGCCCAGCCCCGGGCCCCAGUUCAUCAGCAGGGACCCCUACGAGCUCACCGUUCCAGCUCUGUAUCCCAGUACCCCCGACGUGUGGGCCCCAUACCCCCUGUACCCUGCCGAACUGUCACCUGCUCUCCCUCCCGCAUUCACGUUCCCCUCCUCUCUGCACGCUCAGAUCCGCUGGCUCCCUCCUGCAGAUGGCACUCCACAGGGAUGGAAGUCCAGGCAGUUUUGCUGAAAUCUGGGGUCCCGCGGUGCGAUGGGGGCGUGUGGCGGUCUUGAAGGUGCUGACUGGAGUUCCGGAGUCCAGCCAGGGGCCCGGUGGCAUCACGGUGGACAGACGGCGAUGACAUCACGCUCCGUCUCAGAACCUUCAGGACCCCCGCCUCGAUCACGCCCGUACCAACUGCCCCCCUCCUCCUUUUUAUACUGUUACAUACUAGAAAUCUUCUUAUUGUUAUAAUGUUAAUUAUUGCUGUUGUUACAAUGGUCAUUAUUAUAUGUGGAAGCAUGAUUUGCCAAAAAAAAACAAAAAAAAACAAAAAACAAAUGCUGUACAUUUUUACUAAUAUUUUGAGGAAAAAUACAAAUAUUUUUGUAUCGAGAGAAACUUUUUUUGGGCCGUGUUUGUGAAUGUGUGAGGAUCUGUAUUUAUGUCCUCUUAGCGUUCUGCAGUUAAUUGUCAUGUUUGACAUCAAAUGAGUAAGGGACAAUCACAGACACGUCCGGCACCAAAACGCGUGGAUCCAGGACGACUGCCGCACACUCCUGCGCACCAGGCCUGGGGGCACAUCGUUACCCUUUCCUGGGGUACUAGUGUGGACGCAGUUUGGGGUCUCCACCCGGAAGGAUGUAGGCUCAAACAUCAGGAUGCUUUUGGACAGUUGAUAUCGGCAAAAAUAGUAAAUGUGACGUGUGUAAAAUGUAAGCUCUGUAAGUCGGCCUGGGUGACGAUUUCUACCAAGCAAAUAAACGAUGUACAUACUGUA